GAGCAGAGGUUCUUCGAAGGUACGAUCUUGAGCCUUCGCAGUUUCUGGCAACAUCUCUCCCGUUAACGAAGGAGGUGGGGUUUUUUUUAUCGGAUUCAGAGUGGAGAAAUAACUUUCCGAUACUAUCUUACUACCUGGUUCUCCAAAUAAUAGCCUCAAGAAAAAGGAUCUAAAGAUCCUUGAUCGAACUCGAAAGCCUUUUUUUCCGAGGUUUCAACCCGCUUUCAGAAGAUUCUUCUUGUUUUCCAACAUGACGGAGUACUGGGUUAGUCAGGGAAAUAAAUGGUGUGAUUUCUGCAAAAUUUAUAUUUCAAACAAUCCAGCGAGCAUCAGAACCCAUGAAAUAGGUCAACGCCACAAGGACAAUGUUGCUCAAAGGCUGUCUACUAUGCGGAAGGAAAGUGCUGCGAAAGAAAAGGAGAAGAAGGAAGCAGCUAAAGCACUCGAGCAAAUAGAGGAGAAAGCUAAGCGCUGCUAUCAGAAGGACAUGGCCUCUUUCCAACAAACUCAUAAAUCUUCCAGCAAUUCAUCAGCCUUGCGAGAUAAUGCUCCAGAUAAAUCUGUUUUUUCAGCAACAUCUGGAGAAUGGGAGCAUGAUGCUGCUUCAGGAUAUUAUUACAACUUGGCAAGUGGAUAUCAUUAUGAUCCAAACUCUUGUUUAUUCUAUUCCAGUAGUUUAGGGAAGUGGGUUACACAGGAUGUGGCAUUCCCAUCUUCUAGGCUUCCAAAAACCGAAGCAUCAUCAUCAAAAUCUUCAGCUGUAGAUAGAAGUACUGCUAAGCUAAAAGGAGACAAGGCACCGGGUUUGGUUGUUUCAUCAUCGCUAAAUCCUAUGAGGUCUGUUAAAGGUGCUCCCUCUUCAAUUGCUGUUAACAAGAGGAAAAGGGAGGGAGAGAAAACAAAAGGUACAUCUAAGGAGGAAAUUGAAGCUCUGAAAGCAAGAGAAGCUGCAAGGAAAAGAGUAGAUGAAAGAGAGAAACCAAUGCUUGGUCUUUACAGAUCAUAUUGAUUAUUGAAAUUGGGGCCACAUUGCUGAGCAUACCAUAUUGAGAGUAAGUGUAAUUGAUUAACUUUAUUUCUCCAUGCUGGGAUUAAAUUUGAUGGGAAAGGAAGUGUGCAGGGCCGAUUCCUAAUGUUGUGUGGAACUUUCCAUUGGCUGAUCGUUUCCCCGUGUAAUUAGUUGCAUCUUUGUUUUAUUUAGCUUGUCUAUUUUAGUAAUCUAAUCUGCUCAAUUUAUAGAUUUUGUUAAUUAGCCAAAUAGUUCAAUAAAUCUGAACAUGUUAGACAUA